AUCAGUUGACAACGACCCUCGGUUUUCUAAGCUAUAAAUUCAUCAAGGUGGAGAAAUGAGGGAUUCUCAAGAAACUAUCAAACCAAGAAACUAAAAUACACACACAAAAGAAAACUCUCUUUCUUUGAUGAUGAUGAUCACAAGAAGCAGAAAGUUGGUAACACUAUAUCAAUGUAUAUUUUUAUUAAGCAUGAUCAUUGCAUUACUAGACGUAGUCAUGAGUAGUAGUGAAGAUGCUAAGGAGCAAAAGAUGAGGGACAGGAUCCUCUCUUUGCCAGGCCAACCUCCUAACCUCAACUUCUCUCAAUUCUCUGGCUACGUUACUGUUAAUUCAGCGGCCGGACGCGCUCUAUUUUACUGGCUAACCGAAGCCCCUAAGCCCAGUGACACUAAGCCCCUAGUCCUAUGGCUCAAUGGUGGUCCUGGAUGCUCAUCCAUUGCGUACGGUGCAUCCGAGGAGGUCGGUCCAUUUCGGGUUAAUCCAGAUGGAAAGACUCUUCGUCUAAAUCCCUAUGCUUGGAACCUAGACGCAAACCUGUUGUUUUUGGAUUCACCGGCGGGAGUUGGUUUCUCUUACACAAACACUUCGUCAGACGAACUAACCGUGGGAGACAAGAGGACAGGGGAAGAUGCAUAUAGAUUCUUGGUGAGAUGGAUGGAGAGGUUUCCUGAGUAUAAAGAAAGACCUUUUUACAUCGCCGGCGAGAGCUACGCCGGACAUUAUAUUCCGCAGCUAGCUCAAUUGAUUGUCAACCGUAACAAGGGUACCAAAACUCCCAUUAUCAAUCUAAAAGGGAUCCUGAUGGGGAAUCCUCUGGUGGAUGAUUACAAUGACAACAAAGGGAUGCGUGAGUACUGGUGGAACCAUGGGCUCAUAUCGGACGAAACCUACUUUGAACUGACCAAAUGGUGCCUCAACGACACCAUCCUCUUUCCCAAACCAAACUGCGACAAUGCCCUGAACCAAGCCUUCUCUGAGUUUGGUGACAUUGAUCCUUACAACAUCGAUCGCCCUGCAUGCACCAAAGGUUCAUCAUCAAAUGAGUGGAGGCAAGCAUGGCGAUACAGAGGGAACGAUGAGUGCGUUACGGGAUACACACGCAAGUAUAUGAACGAUCCAAAUGUGCACAAAGCCUUCCAUGCCCGCCUUAACCGCACUUCUUGGACCCCUUGUAGUCGUGUGAUAAGAAAAAACUGGAAAGACUCACCCAAGUCCAUGCUUCCCAUCCUCAAAGAACUUCUUCAAGCUCAUCUCCGCAUUUGGAUCUUCAGUGGGGACUCGGAUGGAGUGCUACCACUAAGUGGGACGAGGCAUUCGAUAAAUGCGAUGAGACUGAAAACUAGCAAAAGGUGGUAUCCAUGGUACCAUUCACAUGGCCUAGUGGGAGGGUGGAGCCAAGUUUACGAGGGUGGCUUGCUAACGUACGCAACGGUUAGAGCUGCGGGUCAUGAGGUGCCAUUGUCACAGCCUCGUCUAGCCUUUUUCCUCUUCUCACAUUUCCUGGCCAACCACUCACUUCCCUCCUCCUCUUCUUAAUUACUUCUUCCUCCUCUCACUUGUCUCUUUCUUCACCUUUUUCAAGUUUUUUUUUUUCCUUCCACUUUAGUGAAUUGUUUUUUCUUUGUUUCUAUUCAUAUAAUAGUGCACCUAGAGAGAUAUAUAAUUGGGCCUCAUGGCUGUUCUUGGACC